AUGUGGACUUCUCAGUGCGGGAUGCGGUGCUGGCUGCUCUCCUCUUUUCUGGCGAUUGCUUACUUCUGCACCAUCGUCCAGGGUCAAGUGGCUCCACCCACAAGGUUAAGAUACAAUGUCUUAUCUCAUGACAGUAUCCAGAUUUCAUGGAAGGCUCCAAGAGGGAAAUUUGGUGGAUACAAACUUCUUGUGACUCCAGCUUCAGGUGGAAAAACCAAUCAGUUGAAUCUCCAGAACACUGCGACUAAAGCAAUUAUUCAGGGUCUCAUGCCAGACCAGAAUUACACAGUUCAAAUUAUUGCAUACCAUAAAGACAAAGAGAGCAAGCCGGCCCAAGGCCAGUUCAGAAUUAAAGACUUGGAAAAAAGAAAGGAGCCGAAGCCCAGAGUCAAGGUUGUGGACAAAGGAAAUGGGAGCAAGCCGUCAUCACCAGAAGAAGUGAAGUUUGUCUGCGAAACUCCAGCUAUUGCCGACAUUGUCAUCCUGGUGGAUGGUUCCUGGAGCAUCGGAAGAUUCAACUUCAGACUGGUCCGACUUUUCCUAGAAAACCUGGUUACUGCAUUCAACGUGGGCUCAGAGAAGACACGAAUUGGUCUUGCACAGUACAGUGGUGACCCCAGGAUAGAAUGGCACCUGAAUGCCUUCAGCACAAAAGACGAGGUGAUUGAAGCUGUCCGAAACCUCCCAUACAAGGGAGGAAACACGCUCACAGGUCUUGCUUUGAACUACAUUUUUGAAAACAGUUUUAAACCAGAAGCUGGAGCAAGGACCGGGGUAUCUAAAAUUGGCAUUUUAAUCACGGACGGAAAAUCCCAAGACGACAUUAUCCCGCCCUCCAGGAGGCUUCGCGAGUCUGGUGUGGAGCUGUUUGCCAUAGGGGUGAAGAACGCGGACCUGAAUGAGCUGCAGGAGAUUGCGUCGGAGCCCGACAGCACCCAUGCCUACAACGUGGCCGAGUUCGACCUCAUGCACACGGUGGUGGAGAGCCUGACCAGGACUGUGUGCUCCGGGGUGGAGGAGCAGGACCGCGAGAUCAAAGCCUCAGCCCUGGCCACCACUGGGCCACCUACAGAGCUGAUUACUUCUGAAGUCACUGCCAGAAGCUUCAUGGUUAACUGGACACACGCCCCAGGGAAAGUGGAAAAAUACAGAGUCGUAUAUUAUCCUACCAGGGGCGGAAAGCCAGACGAGGUGGUGGUGGAUGGGAGUGCGUCUUCCACGGUGCUGAGAAGCCUGAUGUCCCUAACGGAGUACCAGAUAGCGGUCUUUGCGGUGUACGCCCACACUGCCAGUGAAGGCCUGCGGGGAGCGGAGACCACACUUGCCUUGCCCAUGGCAUCCGACCUGGACCUGUACGACGUGACUGAGAGCAGCAUGCGGGUCAGGUGGGACGCAGUGCCCGGGGCCUCGGGGUACCUGGUCCUCUACGCGCCUCUCACAGAGGGUCUGGCUGGGGACGAGAAAGAGAUGAAAAUCGGAGAGACCCACACAGAUAUCGAGCUCAGUGGGCUGUUGCCCAACACGGAGUACACAGUCACGGUUUACGCCAUGUUUGGAGAAGAGGCCAGCGACCCUGUGACCGGACAAGAAACAACACUGCCUCUGAGUCCGCCGAGAAACCUGAGAAUCUCCAACGUGGGCUCCAACAGUGCCCGGCUGACCUGGGAGCCCGCCUCCAGGAGGGUCAGCAGCUACCGGAUCGUGUAUAACAACGCAGACGGCACAGAGAUCAACGAGGUGGAGGUGGAUCCUGUCACCACGUUCCCUCUGAAAGGCCUGACACCGCUCACGGAGUACACUGUGGCCAUCUUCUCCGUCUACGACGAAGGACAGUCGGAGCCCCUGACUGGGACGUUUGCCACAGAGGAAGUUCCGGCCCAACAGUACUUGGAAAUCGACGAGGUGACCACAGACAGCUUCAGGGUGACCUGGCACCCCCUCUCGGCAGAUGAAGGGCUCCACAAGUUGAUGUGGAUUCCAGUCUACGGGGGGAAGACCGAGGAGGUCGUCCUGAAGGAAGAGCAGGACUCACAUGUCAUCGAAGGCCUGGAGCCCGGCACGGAGUACGAGGUUUCCCUGCUGGCUGUCCUGGACGACGGGAGUGAGAGCGAGGUGGUGACCGCGGUCGGGACCACACUUGACAGCAUGUGGACAGAGCUGCCCACGACCGAGGCACCAACCAGGCCUGUGACUUCAGUUUUCCUGACAGGAAUCAGAAACCUGGUUAUAGGUGACGAAACCACCUCGAGCCUGCGGGUAAAGUGGGACAUAGCUGACAGCAGCGUGCAGCAGUUUAGGGUGACCUACCUGACGGCGCAAGGGGCCGCUGCGGAAGAAGUGGUCAUGGUGCCCGGAAGCCAGAACAGCCUCCUCCUGAAGCCGCUGCUCCCCAAUACGGAAUACAAAGUCACGGUGACGCCCGUCUACACGGACAGAGACGGCGUCAGUGUCUCGGCCCCUGGAAAAACCUUGCCCUCCUCUGGUCCCCAAAACCUGCGGGUGUCAGAAGAAUGGUAUAACCGGCUGCGCAUUACGUGGGACCCCCCGCCAUCCCCUGUCAAGGGAUAUCGGAUUGUCUACAAACCUGUUAGUGUUCCAGGUCCCACGCUGGAAACCUUUGUGGGAGCUGACGUCAACACCAUCCUAAUCACAAACCUUCUCAGCGGGAUGGACUACAACGUGAAGAUAUUUGCCUCCCAGGCCUCGGGCCUCAGCGACGCGCUGACGGGUGUGGUGAAGACCUUGCUCCUGGGUGUCACGCAUCUCCAAGCCCACCAGAUUGAAAUGGCCAGCUUGUGUGUGCAGUGGCAGGUGCAGCGUCACGCCACGGCCUACAGGAUUGUCAUCGAGUCCCUCCAGGAUACGCAAAAGCAGGAGUCCAUCGUGGGUGGGGGCACAACCAGGCACUGCUUCUAUAGACUCCAGCCGGACUCUGAGUACAAAGUCAGUGUGUACACCAGGCUCCAGGACCUGGAGGGACCAGCCGUGAGCAUCUUGGAGAAAACACGGUCCCCCCCCACUCAGCCUCCAACAUUUCCGCCAACCAUCCCACCAGCAAAAGAAGUGUGCAGAGCGGCCAAGGCAGACCUGGUGUUUAUGGUAGACGGAUCCUGGAGCAUUGGAGAUGAUAAUUUCAACAAAAUCAUCAACUUCCUGUACAGCACCGUUGGGGCCCUGAACAAGAUCGGCGUGGAUGGAACCCAAGUUGCAAUGGUUCAGUUCACUGAUGACCCCAGAACAGAAUUUAAACUAAAUGCUUACAAGACCAAAGAGACCCUUCUGGAUGCAAUUAAACACAUUUCAUACAAAGGAGGAAAUACAAAAACAGGAAAAGCAAUUAAGCAUGUUCGAGAUUCCCUGUUCACUGCGGACUCAGGCACAAGAAGAGGCAUCCCAAAGGUUAUCGUGGUGAUCACAGAUGGAAGAUCCCAAGAUGACGUGAACAAGAUCUCCAAGGAGUUGCAGUUAGAUGGCUUCACCAUUUUUGCCAUCGGCGUGGCCGAUGCGGAUUACUCGGAGCUGGUCAGCAUCGGCAGCAAGCCCAGUGCCCGCCACGUCUUCUUCGUGGAUGACUUCGAUGCCUUCCGGAAAAUUGAAGACGAGCUGAUCACUUUUGUCUGUGAAACCGCGUCGGCGACCUGCCCGGUGGUGCACAAGGAUGGCGUUGACCUGGCAGGAUUUAAGAUGAUGGAAAUGUUUGGUUUGGUGGAAAAGGACUUUUCCUCGGUGGAAGGGGUUUCUAUGAAACCUGGCACCUUCAACGUGUUCCCGUGUUAUCAUCUGCACAAGGAUGCUCUGGUCUCCCAGCCAACCAGGUACUUGCAUCCAGAAGGUUUGCCCUCUGACUACACGAUCAGUUUUCUCUUCCGCAUUCUUCCUGAUACGCCACAGGAGCCGUUUGCUCUUUGGGAAAUUUUAAAUAAAAAUUCUGAUCCCUUGGUUGGAGUCAUUUUGGACAAUGGCGGGAAAACCCUCACGUACUUCAACUAUGACCACAGUGGAGAUUUUCAAACAGUUACUUUUGAAGGGCCUGAAAUUAAGAAGAUUUUCUAUGGAAGCUUUCACAAGCUACACAUUGUAGUCAGCAAGACCUUGGCCAAAGUGGUCAUUGACUGCAAGCAAGUGGGAGAGAAGGCAAUCAACGCAUCCGCUAACAUCACGUCGGACGGUGUGGAGGUCCUAGGGAGAAUGGUGAGAUCCAGAGGCCCUGAUGGAAAUUCCGCACCGUUCCAGCUGCAGGUGUUUGACAUUGUCUGCUCCACUUCGUGGGCCAACCAAGACAGAUGCUGUGAACUUCCAGGCCUGAGGGAUGAUGAGACCUGCCCAGACCUUCCACGGUCGUGCUCCUGUUCUGAAGCCAAUGAAGUGGCUCUGGGACCAGCAGGCCCACCAGGUGGUCCUGGACUCCGGGGACCGAAGGGCCAGCAGGGUGAGCAGGGCCCCAAGGGACCAGAUGGCCCUCGAGGUGAAACGGGCCCUGCAGGACCUCAGGGUCCCCCUGGACCUCAAGGACCAAGUGGUCUGUCCAUCCAAGGAAUGCCUGGAAUGCCGGGUGAAAAAGGAGAGAAAGGAGACACUGGCCUUCCUGGCCCACAGGGCAUCCCAGGAGGUGUUGGCUCACCGGGACGCGAUGGCUCACCAGGCCAGAGGGGCUUUCCAGGAAAGGACGGCUCCUCCGGCCCUCCAGGACCACCAGGCCCGAUUGGCAUUCCCGGAGCCCCUGGAGUCCCAGGAGUCACAGGAAGCGUGGGACCGCAAGGCGCCCUGGGACCGCCGGGUGUCCCUGGAGUGAAAGGGGAGCGAGGAGAACGAGGCGACCUGCAGUCUCAAGCCAUGGUGAGGGCGGUGGCACGUCAGGUGUGCGAGCAGCUCAUCCAGAGUCACAUGGCCAGGUACACAGCCCUCCUCAACCAGAUUCCCAGCCACUCCUCCUCCGUCCGGACGGUCCAGGGGCCUCCCGGGGAGCCUGGGAGACCAGGCCUGCCUGGAACCCCGGGCGAGCAAGGACCCCCUGGCACGCCAGGCUUCCCAGGAAACGCAGGCGUGCCCGGGACCCCAGGAGAGCGAGCUGACCGAGACCUUCCAUUCCAGACGCAGAUGGAAGAGAAGUGGGGCGCCAGGGUUGCAUCAUUGGUGGGCGCUAUUGAACAGCGAGACUGUUGUGUGCAGGUUUCCCCUGCGUCAGAGCGCGAGCUCAGCAGACAUGACUCCACCAAGGGCCUGGCGUCCUUGAAGGGCCCCUGUAUCCACAGGGCAACUUCGGGUGCUGCCGUGACGGUGCCGCGGACAGGCGCAGACCUGCGUUUCACCACUGUGUGUGGGAUGACAGUGAGACGGAAGGCGAGAAACGCCCUCCGACGUGGGGGCGACUUGGCCAUUCACGAUGGGAGGCCAAAUACAGCUUCUCACAGCAAUGCUAGCCGGUACACGGAUGCUGGUGGGCUCUGGGACGCUGACUUCGAGGGGGAAGCCUGCACCACGAGGAGCCUGCCCCCCCGUGAGAAUUCUGGGUGUUUGGGGUCCUCUGUUGCAAAUGGACACAGUGCUGGAACGAGCAAAGGCAAGCACGAUUGCAAGGACGUGUACGAGACAGUGAACCUCAGCAGCAACAUGACAGGAAACAUGUCUGCGUGUUCUGUCCAUUUCCGGAACAGACCUCACUUUCUGCAGAAGCUUUGUGUGAACCUUGCAUGA